GUGGUGCCCGUGCAGAUCAGCAGAGAUGGCAGAAGCUUCUGUGGCUGUUGAGUUACAGGUGUGUCUACAGGGAGGAGAUUCAUACGUACAUUGGUGGUUAUUGCCAACAAGACCAGUCUGCAUGGCAGGGUUCCUCCGAAGAGGAAGAUGCAAGACACAACAGAGAAGAUAUCCCUGGAACCAUCCAAACAGACGAGGCAAGUGCUGAAGAAAAUGCUGCAGGGAGGACAAGAAAUGAAAGGAGAGCCUGCGGAGAAAGAAGCAUUUCCUGGAGGAAGCAGUGGUUCCGUGCCAGCAUCUGUUGAAGGAGGGGAGGCGAUGCCAGGCACAGGCACAGGAGAUGAGGCUGCUUCUCCAUCAGCUUGGAUGAAUAAAGUUUUGAAGCCCUUGGAGCCUCCUGCAGAUGUGUCUACAGGGAGGACUUCUCCAGCUUCUCCAGCUCCUACUUUGGAUGCUAUACGCAAGCCCAGCUCCCAUCACAGUGUUACUCCAACAGGGAAAGUCCAAGAUACAACAGAUAAGAUGUCCCUGGAACCAUCCAAACAGAUGAGGAAAGAGCUGAAGGAACCCCUGCAGACAAGAGAAGAGAUGGACAUAGUGCUUCAGUGGAAGGUGGCAUUUCUUAAAGGAAGCACUCCAUCUUCGGUGCCGGCCCCUGCUGCAGGAAAGCAGGCAAAGCCAGACACGGGCACAGGCACAGCAGACUGGGAGGCUGGGAAGGAUUCUCCAUUAGCCUGGCGCUCUGAAGUUGUGAAGCCCUCCGAGCAUUCUGCAGAUAUAUCUGGAGCAACGACUGCACCAACUCCUACCUUGGAUGCUGCACAAAAGCCCAGAUCCCAUCACAGGAGUCCUCUGACAGGAGAGACCAAAGACAUGGCAGGCAAGAAAUUCCAGGACCCAUUAGAAAUCAUGUGGCAAAUGCUGAAGGAAUGUCUGCAGAGAAGGCAAGAAAUGAACGGAGAGCCUGUGCAGAAGGAAGCAUUUCCCGGAGGAAGCAGUGGUUGCAUGCCAGCCUCUGCUACAGGAAGGGAGGCCAUGCCAGGCACAGGCACAGGAGACUGGAAUCGUGACAUGGGUUUUCAGGAAGUCCUGAUGAAGGAUGGUUUGAAGUUCCUGGAGGAUGCUGGAGGCAAGUUUUCAUUCUGCCCUUCCUGAGUGAAUAAUCAGGAUCAAUGCAACAAAAGCUCAUUUAUAAACCAUUUCCCUUAACAUUAUGUAAAGGCUGAAGGAUUCUGAGAAUCUUUCCCUUCUCCCUUCUGGAUCCCUGAGGGAUCCCUCAGGAUCACUGUCAGUGGGACGAAGGAGCAUUGAUCUUUCAGUCCUCCUCCCGUGUGCAAUGCCAGUGUGUCCUUCCGUGUGCUCUGUGCAGUCAAAGAGAAGAACAGAGGGGGAAGGGGCCGGGCCUAGGGCUGUGCCCCGGGGCUGAGCCUUGUGGGCAGCCUGAGGAUCUUCUGCAGUGCCACAGGAGCUCUUCUGUCCUGCCUUUCUUUGCAGCUGAA